UCGAAACUCAUGUCUCACGACUUCUGCUAAAUAUGACUUCAAGAUAUUUUAAAAACCCGUAUGAAGAUUAUGACGAAACAAAACACGGAACAGCUGAAUGUGAUAUCUUAAAAAGGGACACCGUUAUUCAGUUAGUGCAAAGCUAUGUCGAUAAGAUAUUGUUAGAAACGAAAAAGGCGAAUUACAAACUCCGAGAUGACUUGUAUGUUGGUGAAGCCGGAAUUGCUUUUAUGUUUUGGAAAUUAAGUCGCUUUGAUGAAUUCAAACAUUCGUAUCCGUGCCUGGAGCAUGCUUCCUACUAUAUCCAAAGAGCUAAGGAAAUUUCUCGAUCCAAAAACAAGUCGACUAAUGACGCAUCGCGCAUCGCUUUUUUAUGCGGACAUUCUGGAAUAUCGGCAGUGUCUGCAGUCAUAUCCAAAGACAUCGGUGAUUCUACUAAAUUUUCGCACGAUAUUGAGAAGUUUCUCACCGGCCAUACGGUUUGUAAGUCCAACGAUUAUGAUGCUGAUGAGAUACUAGUUGGCAGAGCUGGAUAUCUGAGUGGUGCGUAUUGGUUAAACCAGGUCCUCUCAGAAAAACCAAUCAAGAAUGAUAUUAUUGAAGAUGUGUGUGAUAAACUUAUCAAACGUGGUCGUGAGUAUUCCCGUUCAAAACGAUGCCCACUUCCGUUGAUGUACGAAUAUCACGAUAGUGAUUACUUGGGUGCAGCUCACGGUUUAUGUUCAAUUCUUCAUAUGUUGCUUGAAUCGCCUUGGUUUGUAAGAACAACAAAUGGAGUGUUUAAUAAUAUAUCGAAAACAAAACUACAAGAUGUACAAACCGCAGUUGAAUAUUUUUUGGGAAUUCAGGACGAUGAUGGGAAUUUUCCGACCAGAUUGUUCAACUUGAAUAAAAAGUUAAUUCACUGGUGUCACGGUUGUCCAGGAGCGGUAUAUUUGCUGGCGAAGGCCUACCUUAUUUUCAAAGAGGAUAAAUACUUGCUGGCAUGUCGUAAAAGCUGUCAAGCUAUAUGGUGUCAAGGAUUGCUGCGGAAAGGACCUGGAAUUUGUCAUGGAAUAGCAGGAAAUGGAUAUGCUUUUUUGCUGAUGUAUCGAUUGACCCAAGAAAGGAAAUUCUUCUAUAUGGCUGCGAAAUUUAUGGAGUUCCUUACAACGGACCAGUUCCUGAAUGGAGCACGAACACCGGAUCGCCCGUUUAGUUUAUAUGAAGGCCUAGCCGGGACGGUUUGCUUUUUGAUUGAUCUCUUGCAGCCAGCGUCUGCUUAUUUCCCAUUCAUGGACGUAUUUGAUAUCAAAUUUCAUCAACCGUAG